AUGUUUCGCUCGGAACUCUUUCUGCUUUUGUUACUUUUGACCUGGAGCGCUGAGGCUGGUCCUAUCUCUCGCUGGUUGUCGGAGUCGUCGGAGUUGGAGCUGGUCUCCCGCCCCGUCCGGCGCCAAGGUUAUACAACCGUUGUUCCUGUCGCGGCACCUACUCAGGAGCUUACUACCUCGGAGGAACCUGCUACUUCUGCUGACCCAUCUACUUCUGCUGAACCAUCUCCUUUCGCGGAGCCAAUUGCCUCUGAGAAUUCGUCAGUUGAGACCAGUGCCGUGACGCCGUCACCUUCGACGUCUGCCACGCCUUUAACAACUUACACCGAAACGACAUCUUCAUCUUCUCAGCCAAUCGUGCCAACGCCAUCUCCGGCCGAGGCCACUUCUGUGAUACUGUCAUCUUCGCCGUUUACGACACCUUCUACAACACCCAUUGAGACAUCACCUUCGUCCUCUCUCUCAACAAUACCAACAUCGUCUCCAGUCGAAACCAAGACUCUAACGCCAUCGUCUUCGUCUCCUGGCACAAAAUAUCUAUCUUACCAACCGAGCUCGCAUUUAAAAACUCACACCUCGGUAUCCAAGGUAUCCCCCAGUAAGCCUGGAUGGGCUGUAUACUCGACAUAUUCUACUGAUGGCUCGAGCAAAAUAUCUACAUCGCCAGAGACUUCAGUUGGCCCCAAUACUUCGGUAACACCAACUAGCCUCAUGCGCAGCUCAAGCGAUGUACCGGAUUCAACUUCCCUGCCACUCCCAAGCGCAAAUACUUCAACUGCUGCUUAUGUGGGACCCAUUUAUGAAUCCCCAUCAGCCAUUCCAUGGUCAUCAAGCGAAAGAAAGACUUCGGCGCAGUCCAUUUCUACUAGUUUGGCGUCGAGUACUCCGCUGGUUACGAGCUCAAUGCUACCUGCAUCGACGACAGCUUCUCCAACGAGCUCUGCAGCCGGUAAUACACCGGCAGCUACUGCAUCUGUAGGCUCCCCAUCUCCCACGCAACAGCCAAUUACAUCAGAGUCUACAGCAUCCGAGGUUGCCAGUAGAACUGCUGGAGCUGCCUCAAUUGUUGGUGGAUCAAGCAGCAGUGAAGCCGCAAUUCUAUCACCAACGGCAGCACCAGUCUCCUCGCAGGCUCAGUCCGCAGCAGCGGCGGCCACCACUUCUUCGGAGCCUGUGGAUAUAACCGAUCCAUUUAUCGUCUAUGUCACCCAGGCAAGACCGAACACUUCGUCAUCAAGCAUUGCGUCUCCUACAACAAGCAUUAUUUCUCCUGCAACAAGCAGUGUUGUUGUCCCAGCAGAGACUUUGACAGUUCCAGCUGCAAUUUCAUCGUCAUCUAUUGAGUUCGAAGCAAUCACCACAUCUCUUAUAAGCAUUACGGUCCACGUUACUGAGACGAGUAUCGUCCGCAUGACAGUUUACCCGACAACACCUUCACCAGUCGCACCUAGCCAGACAUCUACAAUUGAGGUAGUUACAAUGCACGUCACUUCAACAAAAGUCGUUACGGGGACCGUCUACACAUCAUCGUCAUCGGCAGCACCCAAAGCCGUGCAAACCGAAGCCGCAAGCGAGAAUGUUCCGGUCGAUACUAUGACUCCGGUAUCUACAGAAACAGUGCACGUUCCAGCAACGACAAUAGUCCGAUCAACCGUCUAUCCGACACCAUCGUCAUCGGCAGCACCCAAAGCCGUGCAAACCGAAGCCGCAAGCGAGAAUGUUCCGGUCGAUACUAUGACUCCGGUAUCUACAGAAACAGUGCACGUUCCAGCAACGACAAUAGUCCGAUCAACCGUCUAUCCGACAUCAUCCUCAAGCGACACCAUAGUAUCCACAAACUUAAUACAACUUUUGCCAACGCUAGAAACGCAAUCCUUCCAGGCUACAGCGGCAGCCGCAGCACCCACAACAUCAUCCUCAACAUCGUCCUCACCCAAGGACACAGUAUCCUCAGAGCUAAUACAAACUUUGUCAACGGUAGAAACCGAAUCCGUCCAGGUUACACGGGCACCCGCAGAACCAACAACCGCGUCUGCAAACAUCGCUGCUACGACUUCUGCACCGGGCCAAGGCUCGUUUUCUGUGAUUUAUGUUACACAGUAUGGAUUUAUCACAAUCACUGAAGUCACCACCAAAACUGAGACCGAGACAAAGACUGUUACGGAUCGGGCUACGGAGACUGCUACUACUACUAUUACUCGGGAUAGGUGA